AUGAGCACUCGGGAUCUUAUCCACGGCGAAGCUGAGCUCGGCGAUGAGGAGGAUGAAGAAUCAUAUGACGAGGAGACUGGAGAAGCGAGGGAGAGAGAAGGCCGCAAAGGAGGAGAUAGGAACGUGGAUGAUUCCAGCGAGGAGGAGGACGAUGAGGAUGAAGAAGCAGCGGCUGCUGUCCGUGAAGGAUUCAUUGUCGAUGAAGACGAAGAGCCAGAGGAGGAGGAAGAACGCGAGCGCAGGCGCCGUGAGCGAAAGAAGCGCAGAAGGGCGGAGCGAGAGGAAGAAGAGGCUGCUCUCGACGAGGAAGAUUUGGAUCUCAUUGGGGAAGCAAAUCCGGAGCUUGAGAGACGAAUUUCUACUGCGCCAAAAUUAAAGCGACUCAAACGCGGACACAAAGCCGAGCGCGGCCGAGAAACACAACGGGGCGUAGACGACAUUUUCUCCGAAGACGAGGAUGAGGAUGCGCCUCACGAGUAUGAAGAUCAUCGCCCAUCGCGCGUCGACCGAGGCGGAGUCAUGGACGAGUUCGCAGACUUUAUUGAGGAAGACGAUUUCGGCGACGAAGAGCGCGACCAGGAACAAGAAGACCUCGAGGUGGCCAGGCCUAUCAAGAGAGGCAUUCCUGGCGUUGGAGGUGCACAAGCAACAGGCUUGGAUGAGAGCGCCUUAGAAGAUUUGCGUCUCGCUUUCGGUGACGGAACAGAGUAUGACUGGGCUCUCGAUCAAGAGGCGGAGUUGGAGGAGCGCGAACUGGACCCCGAGCAGCCGCUGGAGCUUAAGGACGUGUUUGAGCCAUCGCAGCUGGCCGACAAGCUGCUGACCGAUGAGGAUAAUGAAAUUCGCUUUGCCGAUGAGCCCGAGCGUUUCCAAUUGGCUCGAAAGGGUUUGAAGCACGUUAUUCUCACCGAUGAACAAUUCCGUGAGGAGGGUCUUUGGAUUUCCAACAUGAUGCUGCCAAAGAAGCGACUGGACUCCUCUCUCAUUGACCCUUUUCAAAAAGCGGUCGCAAAGGUGCUCGAAUUCAUGAUCACAGACGAGUACGAGGUCCCAUUCAUCUUCCAGCACAGAAAGGAUUACUUGAUCCACGCCGUCAAGGUACCCGUGAGCCCCGACCCGAACAAUGAAGCGGCGCCACAAUACGUCGUCAAUGCAGAGAAGCUCCUUAAUCAAAGCGAUCUCUGGGACAUCUUCGACUUGGAUCUCAAGUUCCGAGCUCUCAUUGAUAAGCGCAACACUCUCCAGAAAACCUACGAGGGACUGCAAAGCAUUUCAUCAUUGAACGAUGAGAUUUUCGAGGAAAUGCUUCCGCAAGCGAUUACAAUGGAGGAGUUGCAGGAUGUACAGGAUUACAUUCACUUCCAAUAUGCCUCACGUCUCAAGGACUUGGCCACGAUCGACAAUAGUCAGACAAACGGCACUCAUCGGCGACCGGGCUCGCAAAAGGACUUUUUCGAGCGCAUUCGCAACGGCAAAGCGUAUAAUCUCGUCCGCGCCUUUGGCAUUUCGGCAGAUGCUUUUGCCCGCAAUGUCCUCCGCGAGGGCCAGCCCACCUUCCGAGAGGAUCCUGCUGUUCGCCCGGAUGACAUGGCCGACUCGGACGAUGUCCUCGACCCCUCCGAAUUUACCACUGGAUCUCUAGCUCUCAGGGCCGCCAAGGCCAUGUUCGCGGAGGAGAUUGUCAUGAGCCCUCGGAUGCGCAAGGUUAUGAGACAGACUUACUACACCUCUGGUGUGGUUAAUUGCUAUCGCACAGAAAAGGGUCUCAAGAAGAUUGAUGAACAACACCCUUACUACGAGUUCAAGUACCUCCGGAAUCAGCAGUUCAGCGACAUUGCUCGACAACCUGAGCUCUAUCUUCGAAUGAUGAAGGCUGAGGACGAAGGUCUCGUCGAUGUAAAGGUGCGCCUGCAGAACUAUGACCAGUUUAGGCGAAAUCUGCUUCGGGAGCUCGAAUCAGAUAACUUUAGCGAAGUCGCAGAUGCAUGGAACAAGCUUCGUCGCGAAGUCCUUGAGAUGGCGCUGCUGAAGCUUGACAAGCUCAUGAUCCGCGGCGUCAAGGAGAACAUGAAGACAGAAUGCGAGAACCAGGUCGCACGAGCUUGCCGUGAGGAAUUCUCCAAGAAACUGGACCAAGCUCCCUACAAACCAAAGGGAAUGGUUCUCGGAACCAUUCCGAGAGUUCUCGCUCUUUCAAACGGUGCUGGUGGCCGUGAUGCCAUUUGCUGGGCCUGGGUAGAAGAGGACGGACGAGUCCUAGAAAAUGGCAAAUUUUCUGAUCUCAACACUGGAGACUCAGGAAGGAACCUUCCCGAUGGUGCCGACGUUUCUGCCUUUAUUGAGCUUGUGGAACGUCGCAAACCAGAUGUCAUUGCCGUGUCUGGGUAUUCUGUCGACACGCGGAAGCUGUUCAAACAGCUCGAGCUACUCGUAGACGAACAUGAUCUAAGGGGAGCUGAAUACGAGGAUGAGGAUGGUAAUGAGAAAAGCGACCGGUUGGAAGUUGUCAUGGUCAAUGAUGAGGUUGCGCGACUAUACCACAACAGCGAACGAGCCAAUGACGAACAUCCAGGAAUGGCACCAUUGACUAGAUAUUGCGUUGCUAUCGCCAAAUACCUGCAAAAUCCCAUGAAGGAAUAUGCUUCUCUUGGAAGCGAUAUCAUUUCUAUUUCCUUUGACCCCAGCCAAAAUUUGGUCUCGCAAGAUAAGAUUAUCAAACAGCUUGAAACUGCAAUGGUAGACAUGGUCAACCUCUGCGGUGUGGACGUCAACGAAGCCGUUGGCGAUCCGUAUACGGCAAACUUGCUCCCUUAUGUGUGCGGUCUUGGACCAAGAAAGGCUACACAACUACUCAAGACGAUCAAUCUGAAUGGCGGCGUCGUUUCAACGAGAGACGAACUCGUUGGUGACCCUGAAGAGGGCAAGCUCCCUGCCGUCGGUCCUCGUGUAUGGAACAACUGCGCUAGUUUCUUAUACAUUGAGUUUGAUAGCUCCGAACCAUCGUCUGACUAUCUCGACAACACUCGUGUCCAUCCUGAAGAUUACGACCUUGGCAGGAAAAUGGCUGCUGAUGCGCUUGAACUUGACGAGGAGGAUAUCAAAGCUGAGGUUGACGAGAACGGACCAGGUGCCAUUGUCCGCAAGCUGGUCAAGGACGAGGCACAAGAAAGAGUCAACGACCUCAUUCUUGAGGAGUACGCUGAGCAACUGGAGCGCAACUUUGCUCAACGGAAACGAGCUACUCUUGAAACUAUUCGAGCCGAGCUCCAACAACCAUACGAAGAGCUUCGACGCAACUUUGCACUCCUGUCCACUGACGAAAUUUUCACUAUGCUCACCGGCGAAACUCGGGAUUCGCUAGUAGAAGGCAUGGUCGUGCCCGUGUCUAUCAAGCGGGUCACAGAAGACCACAUUGAUGCCAAGUUAGACUGCGGCAUCGACGGCCUUGUCACCGAGACUGAGCUCACUGACCGACCUGACGUCUCUGCUCGGCAGCUGUACUCCAUUCACCAAACAGUCCAAGCGAAGGUAAUGUUCUUGAAUCGCAAGUCCCUAACGGCUCAGCUAUCUCUUCGCGAAAAGGAGCUUCGGCGGCCGUACCAAAAGCAGAUUGACCGAAUGCGAGACGAGUGGGAUGAGCGUGAAGAGGCUCGCGACAAGGAGGCUAUGCAAGAGAAGAAUACUAUCACGGGCCGCACUCAGCGUGUCAUUAAGCAUCCUCUCUUCAGGCCCUUCAACGCCGCCCAGGCCGAGGAGUAUCUCGGCUCACAAGCUCGUGGUGACCUUGUCAUCCGGCCUUCGUCUAAGGGAUACGACCACCUUGCAGUCACAUGGAAGGUUUCCGACAAUGUAUACCAACACAUUGACGUGCUUGAACUCGACAAAGAAAACGAGUUUUCUGUCGGCAGAACACUCAAGGUUGCUGGAAAAUACACGUACAGUGAUCUUGACGAGUUGAUUGUCAACCACGUCAAGGCUAUGGCGCGCAAGGUCGACGAGAUGAUGCUGCAUGAGAAGUAUCAAUCCGGCAGCAAAUCGGAGACUGACCGCUGGUUGACGACGUACGCCGAAGCCAAUCCGAAGCGUUCCAACUAUGCGUUCUGCAUCAACCCCAAAUACCCUGGCUACUUUUACUUGUGCUUCAAGGCCGGCCAGCACGCGCCCAACAACAACUGGCCCGUCAAGAUUGUGCCGCAGGCUUUUGAGCUCCAGAAGCACCAGUAUCCUGAUAUGCGCGCCUUGUGCAACGGGUUCAAGUUGCUCUUUGCGAAUAUGCAGAAUGGCAAGAGACGUUAA